GGGCCCCCAGACAGAGGAGCUGGUAGUUCCUACCUACCCUGAAGUAUAGAGAAGAUAUGGAUCAUGAGCAGAACCAAGGAGCUGUGCUGCUGCAGCUGCUACAGUUUCUGUGGCUGCUGUCCCAUUCCUGGGCUGUCCCCACAGCUACAACCCCAGCAUGGCAGGGUGAUCUGCAAAACCACACAUUCCAGCAUACUGUGUUCUGCCAAGAUUGGAGUCCCAGCAUUGGGCUCUCUGAGACCUAUGACCAGGACCUGCUUUUCUCCUUUGACUUUUCCCAUGACACCAGAAUACCUCAUCUACCUGAAUUUUCUAAGUGGACUCAGGACCAAGGAGACACCCCUGCCAUCUUAUUUGACAAGAAGUUCUGUGAACUGAUACUCCAGCAAGUAGGCCCCCAACUGGAACCAUAUAUCCCAGUAUCCAGAGGUCUCCCUGUGCCUGAGGUGUUCACGAUGAAGCCCCUGGAGUUUGGCAAACCCAACACGCUGGUCUGCCUUAUCAGUAAUCUCUUCCCGCCGACCUUAACAGUGGACUGGCAGUAUAACUCUGCCCCUGUGGAAGGAGCAAGGCCCACUUUUGUUAUGGCCAUGGAUGGACUCACCUUUCAGGCAUUUUCCUAUUUGAACUUCACACCAGAACCCUCUGACCUGUUUUCCUGCACCGUGACUCAUAAAAUCGAUGGACACUCAGCGAUUGCCUAUUGGGUGCCCCAGAAUGCCCUGCCCUCGGAUCUCCUGGAGAAUGUGCUAUGUGGGGUGGCUUUUGGUCUAGGUGUGCUGGGCAUCAUUGCAGGCACUGUCCUCAUCAUCUACUUCCGGAAACCUUGCUCAGCUGACUGAUUCUUCUGGAACAGAGUUUGAUGCCAAUAAUUAGCCAUCCAAGCAAGGGAUGGCCAGAGGUGUCUCGUGUCCUGGCCAGGAGCUGUCCUUUCCAGAGGCUCCUUCAGUGUGUGUGUGUGUGUGUGUGUGUGUGUGUGUGUGUGUGUGUGUG